GCAUGAGCAUAUUAAUCGUACCCAGCCAAAGUGAGACUUUACAGUCGGACGGUCAGGCGGAGGGGCCACGUCUGAUAUGUUAUCUCAUUACUAAAGGGACCUUUAAUUUCGGCAGCAAAAAAAGACCAACUAAAGGACUACUUUUUGAUUUCUGUGCUGUCCCCAAUUUGGACACGUUCAACUUUCUUUGGAAAUUUCCUUAUUUGUCAUAUCGCAAAACUCAAAGUUAAGUACGUUUAACAACAUCUUAUCACGUUUUAUUCGUCCAAUACUCAACGUGAAUGAUCGGACUUCAUUCGACUACUAAAGGACGUUUGACCAACAGUGAAAAUCAAGAUCCAAGGAAAUACUGUCCAUGCAUGACGCGUUCAUUCAGCGGGACUAAGGAACAAAGACAACAACCGAAGACCUCUUAGUGUUGCCGCCAGAUUCACAAGUACCAAACUGCUCAAUCUACUGCACAAAGAAAAUUAUUAUACACGAAAAGAGGCUAAAGGUGCACGAUCAUCUGCAAAACACAUUGAAGUUGGAGAUACUUUUCAAAUCAUCUAACUUACUCUGUAGUGCACGCGCGUCCUUUUAAACUGACUCAUAUUUAUUCUGCAUUCAUUGGAGACGACAUUUUCAUUCUUAUGCCGAGACUCAACAACGGCCGACAAUUUCCCAGUGUUUAUUUCAUGAUAUUUUGAUUUUUUUUCCCCUCUGUGGAAAUGUUCUCUGACAAGUAGACACAACUAAGUGCUUCUGUAGUUUUCAUUGUUCUGUUUGGGAGAGGAGCGGGUCCUUUGUCUAAAGCAGCGAGAUGAGUAUAAACCUGUCAACUCCUAAACCUCCACUGCGGCUGAAGCGAGUAGACUUUGAAGACUCUCACAACACUGAUACCUUCAAAUGCAAGCGCCGCAAGCUCAGUCAGCCUCCUUCCCCAGGUCUCGCACCCUGUCUUCACCCCCUGUCCCAGAGCCUUGAGCAGCCGGGGUCAGAGAAGCACCACGUCUCGCGUAUCGGACCCUACAUCCUGCUGGAAGCCACAGAAGGAGCUCAGACGUUCAGAGCGGUUCAUCAUGUCACUGAACAGGAGUACACAUGCAAGGUGUUUUCCAUUAAGAAGUAUCACGAGUUCAUAGCACCCUACACUCGUGUGCUUCCACACAGUAACAUCUGCAAGAUUUCAGAGGUGGUGCUCGGGGAGAACAACGUGUACAUAUUCUUCGAGCGUAACUAUGGAGACAUGCACUCAUACGUGCGCACCUGCAAGAGGCUGCAGGAGGAUGAAGCAGUGCGCCUCUUCGGCCAGAUGGCCACUGCGGUUGCACACUGUCACGAGAAUGGCGUCAUUUUAAGAGACCUUAAACUGCGCAAGUUUGUGUUCACCGAUCCACAUAGAACAAAGCUGGUCUUGCAAAACCUGGAGGACUCCUGUCUUCUUAGCGGGAAUGACGACUCGCUGACGGACAAACAUGGCUGCCCGGCCUACGUCGGCCCGGAGAUCUUAAACUCACGGCACUCAUACUCAGGGAAGGCUGCCGACGUAUGGAGCCUUGGCGUUGUUCUUUACACAAUGCUUGUAGGACGUUAUCCAUUUCAGGACGUGGAACCCACAGCACUGUUCAGCAAAAUCCGCAGGGGUGCGUUCACCAUCCCAGAGGCUCUUUCAACCAGGGCUAAAUCGCUGGUGUGUUGCAUGCUGAGGAAAUCUCCCUCGGAGAGGCUCGAGGCUGGAGAUAUACUCUUCCACCCAUGGCUCCACUGUAACAACAACGUAUCCCUCCAUCAGCACUCCAGCACCAGACACUCGACAGAUCAGGUGGUACCUGAUUUUGAACCGAAUGAUAAUGGGGAUUGUUAAUGAGCCAUCUUCAUUCUGUUUACCCACAAUCAGAGGAUUGGACUCUGUGGAGAAAGACAGAUUGCCUCGUAAGGUAUGCAGAGUUCAAGGGCAUCAAAUGGAAGAGAUUCCAGAAACUAUAGCAGGUUAAAAGCAGUGCUGUGUUUUACCCAGCGAGGAACUUUUGAGGUGUUCAGGACAGACAAGAGACUAACGUUGUAGUCUACAAGCAGAAGUAACCGUGUUUCUUACCUCUGAAAAUAUCCAUUUGUGAUUAUAUCUCCAAAACGACACCCGGAGGGCAAAAAAUGCUGCUUUCCUAGCAGACGUUUGUUCACAGCACAGUUUUGGUCCUGAAAGAAUAUCACGAGGCUGGUGCACACAAUUUUAACAUCAGUAUUGUCUAAUCAGUGAAUGGGUUUCCCAUUGUACACCCAUGUUGUGUAAAUUAAAGAACCUCUUACUUAAUUCCUGGUAUACUUGAUGCACACUUCGUGCCUUUAUGUACUGUUUACAUAGUUUUGCCGUGGAAAAUACAGGUUUGACUAUUUAAAGUGCCUUUUUUUCCCCAGUAAAAUAGCCAAUGUUGUUGUUGGACUUGUCAAAGUACCAAAGAUUUGAGUCCCCCCCCCCCCCACCCCCACCAGUCUCAGCGUGUGUAUCUGCAACGGGUCAGCACAAGUGCUCAUAUUUCCUUUUCAUGUGAAGAAUUCAAAAGGAUUCUGUGUUUUGUAAAUGUCUUUCCAUCUGUUAAACUAUGUAUUUGUUUAACCCUGAAGGGAUGUGGGGCACAUCACGCGCUACAGGAAACGUCCAUAUAAUGGUUUAGAGGUGUGUCUGUUGAGUGAAACAAAGGCUUUACAUACGUUAUCGUUUGUUAUGCCUGCAUGCAAUGCUUUGACCCGUUGUUCGUUAAAGUACUUGUCUUUUUGUAGAUAUUUUUUUGUUACUAGUGAGAAGUGGACACUACAAUUGUUGCUGUUGUUUCAAGGGGUGAUGUACCUACAAACAAGUAUUUUGUUGUUGCCAGUACAAGUAAAAUGAAAAAUCAAGACUCCAUUGUUGCUUUUUUAACGAUUCAUUAUCAGAAAUUACUUGCUUAAUAAUAUUAAAAUAUUCGUCAUUCAGCACAAAAAUCAAUGGUCCGCAGUACUUAUUGAUCCCAGCAAGGUUUUGUAAUAAAAAUGUGUUUUCUGAAGUAAACAUCGCAAUCAGUGCACCUUAAGUCAGUAGAUAUUUAUUUGGGACAUUUUGAAAAUAACAAAUAUGCUCUUUAAAAGGAUAUUCAUAAAAAUAUGUUAAGCUGCUGAUAAUGAAAUGUUAAUGUAUCAUUCAUGCAUAAAUCUGCAUCGUAUGGUGCUCAUCCUUGUUUUUGUUUUUUUUGUAGGACUAUUUCUCCAAAAAACAUUUGUAGAAACAAUCUAGGAAAUUAACACAAAGUGAUCUUACAUUUCUCUGCUCAUAUCCUUUUCUUAUACUGGUGCAACAUGAGUGCUCGGAAAUUACAUUACGAAGAACAACGUUAUACACCUCACAAAUGUUACAAAUCCAAAUAAGAAACAGUAAUCACAAAUAAAAGCUUAAAAGUAAAAAUAAACUUUACAGACCCAUCGUGGUUUUCCUUUUCCUUUUUUUUUU